UCGCGUGUUAAUUAUCCACACUUUAUAUAAUUACAGGCGUGUUGUAUGGACGGAUUAGCCAAUUAAUAAGUUCAAUGAAUCGUGGUGCCCUUCAUAUUCGCAAAAGAAACUUCAGUUUCACGUAUUAUGCUCGAUUAUUUUUCAAAUAAUUGCCAAGAAUCUUACGCAAUGUCGUUAUAAUUGAAUCGCACCCCCAAAUCGACAGACGGACUCUGAAUAUAAGGUGGACGAAACGUGAUUUUCAUAUAGUUGAAGUCCAGCUAACAAGAAAACAUUACAAAACAUGUUUUUACAAGUGGCCGCCCUUUGUCUGUUGGCUGUGAGUGCGCAUGCGCAUUCAGCAGCGGUGUCCCACCAAUCCCGUGUCGAUCAUGGACAUGGACAUGGUCACGACGUUCACCAUGAGCACAAGAUCCACCACCCGAUCCACCAUGGCCACGACCACGGCCACCACGAUGGACACCACGGACAUGAUGUUGGACAUCACGGACAUCACGAGGUUCAUCACGGACACCACGAUGACCACCACGGACACCACGAUGACCACCACCAGUGGGAUCAUGAACAUCACCACCCAGCCUACAAGUUCGAGUACUCCGUGAAGGACCACCACACCGGUGACCACAAGUCGGCUAACGAGCACCGCGACGGUGGACACGUGAGCGGCUCAUACUCGCUCGUUGAACCCGACGGCAACGUGCGCACUGUUCAUUACACCGCUGAUGACCACCACGGUUUCAGAGCCGACGUACACCACAAGACGGCUCACCACCACAUCAUCCCCCACCACCAUCAUGGCCAUCAUCAUGAUCAUCAUGGUCAUCAUGAUCAUCAUUAACCUGGACUAUCCCACUCAUACGAACUCUUCGAUCUCGACUCAAUGUAACCGCCAUUUAUCAUUAAGUUUCCU